AACAAAAACAACAAGUCACAUCGUGCUACUGCAACCGGAUCAACAACAAGCACUCUCCCCGUUCAGAAGCUCGCUGCUUGUUUAGCUGUGUAUAUACGAGAACGGUAAUGCUGAUGCUGAUGCUGAAGACUUGACAUGAGUAGGUCUGCACAAGCAGUCAUUUAAAGUGUCGAGGAUCGAGAUGACAGGAUCGAUCCCAUAACCUCCCGUCCCGCGGGUCCGUCCCCUUUCUCCAUUCCUACGCCUCGCAGUAAAAAACCUACCCCAGAUAGCUGAUUCUAGCUAAUAAGACGUUGAGUUAUCAAAACAUCAGGCUCUUUAUGCUUUAUGCCGCCUGAUGGUCAGGCAGAAAUAGCAGACUAGCAAUAGAGGUAGCCUAGCCAGUAGCCACAUCAAUAUCUACAUACGCGUCCAUCUUUCCAAAUAGGUCUUCAUCCCUCCAUCGGUGUCUCACUCUCAUAACCCCUUUCAGUGUCACUCACUUACAUAGCCCACACCCACCUGUUGUCUAUCAUCGCCUGGCCGUUGCCGCGUCGUACUCGCAUACACUCCUUUCAAGCGUCCACUACAAUUGAUUGAUCCUACACAGUCACCACAGAGAACAAUAUGACAGACAAUAACGGCAACCCGGAAGUGCCCGGCCAAAGUCCAGACGAUGUUGACAAAGCCUCGGAUGAGAGCUCAGAAUGGCAAGAUAUCAACGACACUCCCUCAAUAAUAGACUUUGUCACCCUCGGCAUGUUCAUCAUCGAUGAAAUCGAAUACCCUCCGCCCCGUCCUCCAUCAACCAACGUCUUAGGAGGCGCCGGCUCCUACUCCGCCCUCGGCGCCCGCCUCUUCUCUCCAGCUCCGGACCUCUCCCGCACCGUGGGCUGGAUCGUCGAUCAGGGCUCCGACUUCCCCCAGGCCAUCACCGAUCUCAUCACCGGCUGGUCCACCUCGGCCGUCUUCCGCCAUGACCCCACCCGGCUCACCACCCGCGGCUGGAACGGCUACGUCGGCUCCUCGGAGCGCCGCGAAUUCAAGUACACCACUCCCAAGAAACGACUGACGGCCGCCGACCUGGUCGGAACCCCCUUGUUGAAGGCUAAAGCCGUGCACAUGGUCUGCAGUCCCAACCGCUGCAAAGAGUUGGUGGAGGAGAUCAUCACCCUUCGCAAGCGCGAAGCCCGACUUGCUGCUGCUGCCGCCUCCAACAAGAACAACAACAAUAACGACAACGACGACGAUUGCGACGAUGUUGAUGACGACACCAACGACCCCAACGCCUACACCCGCCCCUUAAUCAUCUGGGAACCAGUCCCCGAUCUCUGCACCCCCUUCGAGUUACUAAACUGCACCAACGCCCUCCCACUGGUCGACAUCUGCAGCCCCAACCACGCCGAGCUAGCCGGGUUCAUGGGCACCGACGGCCUCGACCCGGAAACGGGCGAGAUCAGCGUCGAGCAAGUAGAGCGCAACUGCGAACAGCUGCUGGCCAGCAUGCCGCUGACGACGUACACGCUGGUGGUCAGGGCCGGGGAGAAGGGCUGCUAUGUUGCCAAGAAUGGGGGGCGAAGGAGGAAACAGCCACCUAUGAAAAGGGGAAAGAAGAAGAAGAUGAAGGUAGGGCUGGACGCCCGAAACUUCCACGGCGGUCUACAGCACGACACAGACAUGAUGUCUCUCUUUGCCGGACUUUUGCAAGAUAUGGAAGACCGGAACAACGAGGAUGACCCGUUCGGUCGUUUCGAUGUCGAGGAGGGGAUCGAGGUCGAUUCGGGGAUCGAGAGGUGGCUGCCCGCUUACCACACGGACGCCACAAAGGUCGUCGAUCCCACGGGAGGUGGGAACACGUUCCUGGGUGGGUUGGCGGUGGCGUUGGCGAGGGGAAAGAGCAUCGAGGAGGCGUGUGCGUGGGGCAGCGUGGCAGCAAGUUUUGCCAUUGAGCAGGUGGGAGUACCGGAGCUGGGGAUGGAUGUGGAGGGGAGAGAGACGUGGAAUGGGGAGAGGGUGGAGGAGAGGUUGAGUGGGUAUCUGGAGAGGGUCGGAUUGUUGUGAGAGCUUUUUGUGAUGUUGAUGAUUGAGUUAGAGACGUGACGGCGGGUUGACUUGAUCAUACCUAACGGCUAGAGAGAUGGUCACAAAGAUAACAGGGAUGAGAGAAAGAGUUGAUUGUUAUGACCUUUAGGAAACGUAUAGACAUAGAACGACUAUCUGGGUUGAAACUUUCGCAACCUUAUAGACCUAACUACCAAGACAUACAAUGCGCCACGCUCAGCUUUUCGUAACAGUGAUAUCAUGCCUUUGAACAUCGAAAACCCAUCCGUUUAACUCCAGAACCUGCUAGCUAGACGCAGAAAAACCGCUUGAAUAAUCCAUCUU